CAUGUCGUAGCAGGUGAUAUCUCAUGGUGACUUGCAAAAAUGGCUCUCCAAUGCCUCGAAGAGUUAAUCUUAUCCCCAGGUGUAUUUGGUAUUUAAAUAUUGUGCAAGAUUGCCAUUAGCACCAUAGUACAAUUCAAAUCCGAGAAUCGAAGAGCAAUGACUACAUAUGAAGGUAAAGUUUUCACAGAAGAGCAAGAAGCUCUGGUGGUCAAGUCAUGGAGUGUAAUGAAGAAGAAUGCAGCAGAAUUGGGUCUAAAAUUCUUCUUGAAGAUCUUUGAGAUUGCACCCUCAGCCCAAAAGAUGUUCUCAUUCUUGAGAGACUCAAAUGUCCCUCUGGACCAAAACCCAAAACUCAAGCCCCAUGCCAUGUCUGUCUUUGUUAUGACAUGUGAAUCUGCAGCUCAACUCCGCAAAGCAGGCAAAGUCACGGUGAGAGAGUCGAGUUUGAAGAAACUAGGGGCUGUCCACUUCAAACAUGGAGUAGUUGAUGAACAUUUUGAGGUCACAAAAUUUGCUCUUUUGGAAACCAUAAAGGAAGCAGUCCCGGAAAUGUAUUCAGCAGAGAUGAAAAAUGCAUGGGGUGAAGCUUAUGAUCGUUUGGUUGCUGCUAUCAAGAUGGAAAUGAAGGCCUGCUCUGAAGCUUCUUGAUUUGGAAAAUUUCCUACUUUGGCUGAGAUUGAAGUAUUAAUAAUGUAAAAUAGCAUACCAUCCAUAGCUAUUGCUCAGUUCUGUAAUUUCAUAUGUGUUUGCCUCCGUAGGGUUUUUCGCCAUAUGUAUCCUGAUAAAUGAAUGCUAGUACUGUGCUUGGUUUUCAUUUUGAUACAGAUUACAGUGGAUAUUUUCAA